CUCGUCCGAUAUGCGUUUGAACAGAUCCAGGACUUUCAGCGGAUUCAAAUCCUCAAAUAUCGGUUUAUUCACGUGCACCAAAAGAUCCUUCUGGAAUUCCACAGCGGUGGCAAAGGUUUUUCUGAAUGCCUCCAACUCGGGAGCAGUCUUUUUCGCGCGGAAUUUGUCGUGGAUGAUCUUCAGCGGACCGACUUUCUUCACAGUCCCGUUCGUCGCGGCGCAGUACGGGCAGUGCACGACUUUGCGAGCCAUCGUAUUGACUGCUUUGGAGAUGGCCUGCCGCUGGAUGUUUUCGAGGUUGGGCCGUCGGAAUCGUUUGAUGUAGACGCGUCGAUCGGUUUCGUCAAGCAGCACACGCGCACAUGUCUGAUUAAGACUUCAGAAUGGGACAAAGCGGGGAGCGGACCGAAGAACGACCUUGCAGAUGCAUUGCAGGACCGCGAUGGUGUGCUUGAAGAAUCCCACAUGGAAUACGGGAAGCGUCUCGCAGAACGCGCUCUUGUCUGAAGUACCCUUCGCACCGUAUUCAGAAAUCGCAUGGGUCGUGUGGUUUAUUGCAACGCACCAAGCGCCGAUCUAGAACCCCAUCCUUCACCGGCAGUCGCUCCGUCGCAGUGUAAAGAUCCCUAUGAGUGACUUCGAACUCGGAUAACUUGACGGUCUCCUGGGCAUCAAGCAAGCUGAAUUGCAGCUGUUUGCUGAGCGGGGAUCAGAACCUUUUUCUGGUGCAGACGCGGCGGAAAC